AUGCUUCGUUGGAAGAAAGUUCUGUUCACCAUCGAUGACGUAAACCAUCAAGAACAGUUGGAAUUUUUGGUUGGAGAGCCAGAGUGGUUGGAAGUCCAACUAUUAUCUGAGAAUGAAGCACUUGAAUUGUUCAGUAGGCUUGCUUUUAGAGAAAAAUCACCAAAAGAAGGAUUUUUGGAACUUUCAAGGCAAGUGGUGAAGUAUGCUGGUAGACUCCCUUUAGCCCUUAAAGUUUUGGGUUCUUCAUUUUACCGACGAGAUAAAAAGCACUGGAGACACAUAAUUGAUCGGCUGAAGAGAAUCCCUCUCAAGGAUAUUCUAGAAAAGCUUAGGCUUAGUUUUGAUGGUCUGGAUAAAGAUGAGAAGGAAUUAUUUCUGGAUAUUGCAUUUCUAGAGAAUGCAGACUUGAGUAGAUAUGAUAUUCAUCUUUAUGUGAAAUCAGUACUGAGAGACCUGAGUCGUGGUUUUCUAGUAGAUUGCCUUGUCGAAAAAUCUCUGUUAUCCAUCUACCUGAAAACUAUUUUUGUGAUGCAUAAUAUGAUAAGAGAAAUGGGAGAAAAUGUCAUACGGGAAGAGUAUGCUAACAGCAGAAUAUGGCUUCCCGAGGAAGUUUGUGACCUUUUUACAAGAAAGUUGAUAACAGAAAAGGUGGAAAGCCUAUUAAAUAUUGUCCCCGUGUUUUAUUUUGUUGCAAAAAUAGGCUCCGCUUGUUUAUUAUGCAAGACAAUUGACAUUUUACCCUUCGAUAAGCCCAAUCCGGCAGUCCCUGUGCUUUUCAUGAUAAUGCGAUACUACAAAUUUAUGUCUCUUUUCUGCUGUACUGUUGAAUGUAUCUUUGCUCUAUUUGCUUCGUACAUAUCUGUACCAACUACAAAUAUUAGGCAUUUGAUCCAUAUUGUUACAGCUUUUGGUAUAUUUUUCCAAUAUUAAACAGGUUUUAUUUUCGUUACUAAAUUAAUAGAGAAGAAAUAUAUAUUUUGAUGUUAAGACAAUUAAGUAUCUCAAAAGCUCUUUUCCACAUUACCUACAGCCUUCAAUGAUCAUAAUAAACCUUCUAUUCUUUUUAUUUUUUCACCCACAAAAUAUUUCUAUUACAAAUACUACUUAAGCUAACUGAUUUUUCGUUUUCUUAAA